AUGGCUUCUUCGAGUUUAAUCUACUUUGGAAUUUCCAUGAUUCUGUUUUCCUCAAUAGCAAUGGCAGCUGAUCAUAUUGUAGGUGAUGAAAAGGGCUGGACUGUUGAUUUCAACUACACUCAAUGGGCACAAGACAAAGUUUUUCGUGUUGGUGACAACCUUGUGUUCAAUUAUGACAGUUCCAAACACAAUGUCUUCAAAGUGAAUGGUACACUAUUUCAAAACUGUGUUUUUCCGCCACAAAAUGAAGCACUUACCUCAGGAAAGGACAUUAUUCAACUCAAAACCGAUGGAAAAAAAUGGUAUAUUUGUGGAAAGGCCAACCAUUGUGCUGCACGACAAAUGAAGUUGGUCAUUAACGUAUUAGAAGAAGGUGCACCUUCUCCUUCUUCAUCUGGUCACUCUCUUGUAUCAACUAUCUUUGGAGUUUUCAUACUAGCCUCACUUGCCAUUACAGCAAUCUUUUAG